AUGGACACCAUCCACAAGCAAGAAUUCAAUGUCCGCGACCUUGGCACUCGCGCUGUCACCCUCUUCCCCUCCAGUGCUCAGGUCGUCCGUGAGGUCAAGAACGUCUCCCUCCACCCCGGCACCAACGAAAUCACCGUCUUCGGUCUCACCCCCACCGUCGACGAGGAAUCCGUCAAGGUAGAGGGCACCGGAUCUGCCGUCAUCUCCGACAUUGCCGUCGAACUGCUCCCCAACCGAGACAUUUUUGAAGAGUGCCAUCCCGAAUUCGACCAGGACGAGACUGACGCCGACGAUGACUCGGAUACUGAACCCGACGCCUUCAGGACUGAGUUUGGCAGCAGCAGCAGCCGGGAUGACAACAGUAAUCCCGAGCUUCAGGCCGUGCGCGAGAACAUGCAACGUUUGCGCGACCAGCAAAAGAACGCCAACGAACUCCUCCUGAGCGCCGCCUCGCGCCUCAAGAUCCUCGACGCUUAUACCACCCAACUCGAUCGCAGGACCCCCGUCGACAUGACCGACCUUAUGGCCACCUAUCGCGCCGAGCGCGAGAAGGUCUUCCAGGACCAUAUGGAGGGCACCCUCAAAGAGCGUGACUUGUCGCAACAACUGAACAGCCUCAUCGCCGAGGAGAAACGCCUCGUCGCCCGUCGGGACGCCGAAGCCCGCAAGGCCGCCCGGAAGAAGCAACAGGAGGCCAAGGCCAAGCAGAAGGAACUGGACAGGAAGAACCGCCGGAAAGCGGAACACCGUCGCGAGAAGGCUCGCCUUCGCGGGGAGUGCGAGAGGUUCUGGCCGCGCUCCUGCUACGCCGUCCGCAUCACCCUCGAUGCCGGCAAUUUCACCCCGCUGUCUUCCCGUCGCAGCUCGCUCGCCGGCGAAGCGGCCUUUGUCAAGCCCUCCCAGUCGCCAUCCCAAGAGUUCGGAGUCGCCGCUUCUGCUGCUGCUGCUGCUGGCUUGGCCGAUGACGAGACGAGCGCCGGCCUGCAGUGCGACCUGGUCCUCACCUACGUCACCCACUCCGCCUUUUGGUCCCCGAGCUACGACCUCCAGCUGUCGACCACCACAAACUCGGCCGCUCUGUGCUUCGACGCCCAGCUCACCAACACCACAUCCGAGACGUGGUCCGGCUGCAAGGUCACCCUCUCCACCUCGCAGGCCACCUUCUCCGGUCUCAACGACGCCAUCCCCACCCUUAAGCCCUGGCGAAUCAAGCUCGCCCCCCGCUUCGUCCUCAACAACACCAGCACCAGCGACCUGGCCAACAGCCGCGAGGAAAUCGAGCAGAAGCGGAAAGUGAAUGCCGCCCAGUCCCAGGCCGCCGCCCCCUUGAAGUCCCGCCGGUCUCUUUUUGGCUGGCCCAAGAACGCUGGCGUGAAGGAGAAACAGGGAGCUCGGCCUCCUCCUCCUAUCCCCACGGGCUUGGCCCCCCCUCCGCCCCCCCUUCCGAGCGGCGGUGCCCUGUUUGGUGCCUCCCGCCCUGUUCCCACCGCAACUUCCAGUCGCGCGUUUGGGGCCUCCGUCCCCUUCUCGGCCCCCCCUCCGCCCCCCGCCGCCGAAGGCUCUUCUAUGAGUCGGGCCGAAUUCGCCACAUCCGAUUUCGGUGGCAGCCGUGACGAAGACGAAAACACCAUCCUCAACUUCCCCCGACCGGAGCUCGAAUUCCAGGAGUCCCUCGUCGAGGAGACGGGCCUGACCACGACGUACGACCUUCCCGGCGUGAAGACCCUGGCCCCGCGCUCCACCGCCACCAAGCAGCGCAUGGUCCGCCUCCAGCUCUCCAACGUCGCCUUCAGCCAUACCAUCGUGGCCAAGUACAAGCCCGUGGCCUACAUCCAGGCCCGCCUGUGCAACAGCAGCACCAUCGCCCUGCUCCGCGGUCCCGCCAGCCUGACCCUCGACGGCUCCUUCAUGGGCCGCACCUCCCUCCCGCGCUGCAGCCCGGGCGAGAGCUUCACGCUCUCCCUGGGCGUGGACCCGGGCGUCAAGGUGACCUACCCCAAGCCCGAGAUCCGUCGCACCAAGGCCGGCCUCUUCGGCGGCCAGGACAACGCCUUGUACACGCGCGUCGCCAUCAUCUCCAACACGCGCGCCGCGGGGAAGCCGGUGCAGAUGAAGGUGCUGGACCAGGUGCCUGUUUCGGAGGACGACAAGGUCCGGGUCGAGGUCCUGCGGCCGAGGCCGAACGGCCUGGCGGGCGCGGGCGCGAGCACGGGCGCGGGUACCGGCGUGGUGCCGUACGGUCCGCCCGGCGACUGGGGGAAGGCCACGGCGUCGCUGAAGAAGGACGGCGAGGUGGGCUGGGACGUCACGCUGAACCCGGGCAAGACGGUCAAGCUGGAGCUCGAGUAUACGAUUGCCGUGCCGCCGAACGAGUGUGCCACGGAAUGCUAG